UACAAAGACCAGAAAAUAGAGAGAGAGAGAGAGAGAGAGAGAAAUCCGAUAUUCUUUUGCUCUUUCUUAUACAUUCUCUCUCUCCUAAUUCCUACGGAGAUCUUUGAAAGUCCAACGGAGGAGUCUGAGUCUGAGUCUGAGUCUGAGUCCGGUGCUAAUAAACUCGAGAAUUUCCCUAAAAUCGUCGUCCAAGAAAAAGAAAAACACACAUACACUCACACACUCACACAAAAAGCUAGUUUUAUUUUACUGUUCUCUCUUAGCUUUUCCUUUGUUGUGAGUAUUAUAGCUCAGUGUUUUUUUGACUUCAAAUCAUUGCUCUCCCACACUUUUGUCUCGCAAAAGCUUCACUCUCUUCAAUUAGCGGAUGCGCAUUCUUGAAUCACUCAAAUCCCUCUCAACCUUUUUUCGAGCAUUAGGGUUUCGGGAUUGUUGUUUGGAUGGAGAGAAAGUGAGGGAAAUGCGGUGAGAAAAUGAGUCGAUGAGAGAGAGAGAUGGGGUGUGUGUUUGGGAGAGAGGUGUCGGCGAGGCCGAGCUCGGUGGAGGAGGAGAGGAACGAGGAGGUUAGGGCUGAGAGAGCGGAGAGAGCUGAGGCUGAGGUUUGUGAGGCUCCCAACGGUGGGAAUCGGAAGGAGAAUGAGGACGAGGAGAGGAGUGUCAGGUCGCGGAGGCGGUCGGGGAGGCCGAGGCCGAAUCCGCGCCUGAGCAAUCCGCCGAAGCACCUGCACGGCGAGCAGGUCGCCGCCGGCUGGCCCUCCUGGCUCUCUGCCGUUGCUGGAGAAGCCAUCAAUGGGUGGACGCCGCGGCGGGCCGACACGUUUGAGAAGCUUGAUAAGAUUGGGCAAGGUACGUACAGUAAUGUGUACAAAGCGAGGGAUACUUUGACGGGGAAGAUUGUUGCAUUGAAGAAGGUUCGAUUUGACAAUUUGGAGCCUGAGAGUGUAAAGUUCAUGGCCAGAGAGAUUCUCAUCCUGCGCCGUUUAAAUAAUCCAAAUGUUGUAAAAUUGGAAGGUCUGGUGACUUCGAGGAUGACGUGUAGUCUGUACCUUGUGUUUGAAUAUAUGGAGCAUGACUUGGCCGGUCUUGCUGCGAGCCCUGGAAUCAAGUUCACAGAACCUCAGGUCAAAUGUUAUAUGCACCAGCUGUUAUCUGGGCUUGAACACUGUCACAAACGGAAUGUGCUCCAUCGUGAUAUAAAGGGGUCUAAUCUUUUAAUUGACAACGAAGGAGUUCUGAAGAUAGCUGAUUUUGGAUUGGCUUCCUUCUUUGAUCCCAAUCACAAACAGCCUAUGACUAGCAGGGUGGUUACUUUAUGGUACCGACCCCCAGAACUUCUUCUUGGGGCCACUGAUUAUGGUGUAGGUGUGGACCUCUGGAGUGCUGGUUGCAUUUUAGCUGAGUUGUUGGCAGGGAAGCCCAUCAUGCCUGGUCGCACAGAGGUGGAGCAGCUUCACAAGAUAUUUAAGCUCUGUGGUUCUCCAUCUGAAGAGUAUUGGAAAAAGUCAAAGUUGCCACAUGCAACCAUAUUUAAGCCCCAACAAUCAUACAAGCGAUGCAUAGCCGAGACAUUCAAAGAUUUUCCACCAUCAUCUUUGCCACUAAUCGAGACCCUCCUUGCAAUUGACCCAGCUGAACGUCAGACUGCCACUGCUGCAUUGAGGAGUGAAUUCUUCACAACCAAACCAUAUGCAUGUGAGCCUUCUAGCCUUCCCAAAUAUCCUCCCAGCAAGGAGAUGGAUGCUAAGCUACGGGACGAAGAAGCUAGAAGAUUGAGAACUGCUGGCAAAGCUAAUGCAGAUGCUGUGAAGAGAUCUCGUCAACGUGAUCGAGCUGUAAGGGCAUUUCCUGCUCCGGAAGCGAAUGCUGAGCUUCAAGCCAAUCUUGAUAGGAGGCGACUAAUAACACAUGCAAAUGCAAAAAGCAAGAGCGAGAAGUUCCCUCCUCCACACCAAGAUGGAACACUUGGCUAUCCUUUGGGUUCUUCACACCAUAUUGAUCCAGUUUUUGAUCCUCCUGAUGUUCCAUUCAGUUCCACUCAUUUCACAUAUUCGAAAGCACCUAUCCAAACUUGGUCUGGCCCGUUGGUGGACUCUGCUCCCAGUGGUGCUCCAAGGAGAAAGAAACAUACAUCUGGUGAUGUUCAUGCACAUUCAAAAUCAUCAAGGAAAGACUCAAAAAGAUAAAAGAGUUUCUCUACUGGGAUCAAAAAGACACAGGGAUGUAAUAUAAUUUUUAUGUAUUUGUGAGAAUAUUCAUGAAGCUGCAAAUGCUGACAAUUCAGUUGUCUUAUAUUUGAGCCGGGAUAGCCAAUUAAAUUGAAUGGAGAGGUAAGAUAUCUUGUAAUCCAGUUUUCACAUUUCUUGUUCUAUUUUUGUAUUGUGAGAGGCUUCUCAAUAUUGUAUAUUUUUUUUUUAUAUAUAUUAUUUCGCCCUUUGAGUUGAA